AUGUAUAUAUCUUUUAUUAGUUCAAAAUCUGAAGAAACUAAACGAUUGGAACAACGACGUAAUCGAUUUACUAAUGAAUCAACAUCUACAAUUAAUAAACCAAUAAAAUCAAUCAAUGAACCGAAUCAACCUUUAAUUGGUACAUGUGAAAAAUUAGAAAAAAAUUAUCUACGUUUAACAAGUGCUCCUGAUCCAUCAACUAUUCGACCAUUAGCAAUUCUUGAAAAAUCUUUCUCUUUUGUUAUAGAUAAAUAUAAAUCAAAUAAUGAUUGGUCAUAUGUUAACAGUCAAUUGAAAAGUAUUCGACAAGAUCUUAUGGUACAAACCAUACGGAAUGAUUUUACCGUAUUAGUUUAUGAAGAAAAUGCUCGAAUAGCACUUGAAAUGAAUGAUCGUGAACAAUUUAUUCAAUGUCAAACACAAUUAGAAAUUUUAUACGAGAGUGGCUGUAAUAAUACUCAUUUACAAGAAUUUCUUAUGUAUCGUUUACUCUAUUUGUUGUUACUUAAUGAUUAUAAAAAAGUCAAUAGAAUUUUAAUCGAUAUUGAUCAAGUAACAAAAUCAGACGAUCUUAAUAUAACUUCGGAAUUUUGUUCAGCAUUUCGUCGGAAAAAUUAUAAUCAAUUAUUUAUUCUCUAUAAACAUUUACCAAGACUUGCUUGUUGUUUAGUAAAUCUAUUUAUUGAUAUUUAUCGUAAACAAAUAAUUGAAAUUUUAAUUUGGGCGUUUCUUCCAACAUUUCCAAUUGAAAUUGUGACUACAAUGUUAGUUUAUAAAUCCAAUGAAAUUUGUCAAGAACAUCUUCAUUCAUUAGGUGUAAAAUUCCUCGAUAAUACAAUGUUAAUUGAUUAUCCAUUAGAAUUAGUGCUCAAUUCAACAGAUAGUCAAGGAAUCUUUUAUUGUAAUAGUCGUGUUGAACUAACGAAACAAAAAAAUAAAUUAACAGCUUCAAUUAAUCAUCUAGGAGCAAAUCCACCAACAUUUCAAUUCAAAACUGAACCAUUCAAUUCUACGACAAUACGUAUUGUUAUUACACCAAACGGUUAUAUCGGUACUAGUCGUAUUAGUUGUCAUUGGGAUAAUAAUAUCACUUAUGGUCAAACAGUCGAUCUGAUUAUCGGAGAAAAACCUGGUAUUAUUCAAUUAAAAGAACCUUGUAAAGCAUAUGAUUAUCGUUAUAUUCAAUGUAUAUUUAAUUCACCUAUAAUUGCACGUGCAUUUCGAAAUGGUUUUCCACGACUUUAUAAAUUUUCUGAAUUAAAUAAUGAUGAAUUCUCUUAUCGUCAUCCAGCAAAAUACGUUAAUAAUACUAAUAAUAAAACUUAUAAUAAUGAACUUAUCUUUCAUUUUGAACCUCGAGAUCAAAAUGCAAUUCCAAAGAAAACGUUAAUGAAUGUGAAUAUGUCAAUAAGUCGUUUUGGUUCAUCUGUGUAUCAAUUUUCUAUUGAACCAGUACAUACAACUCUAGUGGAUUUUGAACUAAAAGAUAUCUCAUGUAAAAAAUUAACGAUUCAAAUUAAGCAUAAUAAUACUAGAGCGUUAAAUGAACGCUUAUGCUCGGGACAUAUACAUCGAAUAGAUGAUCAGAAAAAAAUAAGUGCUAUUCGGGAUAUUGCAGAAACAUCAGAUCAAACUAUUUUAGUAGAUCGUCUUCAAUUAUCAACAAAAUAUAGAAUUUGUCUUCGUUGUUAUUAUAAACAAACUGAUGAAUCUUUUAAAGAAAAAACAUGUGUUACAAUAACAACAGAUGCAUGUAAUAGAUGGGUAUAUGUAGUUGUUAUUGCUGUCGGUGUACUUGUUCUUGUGAUAUCGAGUAUUGUAUUUGUACUGAAAUAUUAUCGUGGUCACAAACUAUGCCCGGCUUCAUCGAUUCAGGGUUCACAACGUGAUCGUCGCGAGUCUGAUACUGUUAGUAUUCAUACCAUUCAACAUAGUGAAGAUGAUCCGUCAAUUUAUCAACCAUCAGAAAGCGAAUAUCAACCAGGAGGUCCCGAAUAUCGGCUACUGCAUAGCGAAUGUCUAACAGAUGACAACAAAUAUCUACCAGUAGGCAGUGAAUGUACAGGAUUAUUUCCAAAUGAACAUGAUUUAGCAGAAUACAAUGAAGAUGAAUCGAAAGUCGGACCAACGACAAGUAUGCUUAACAUUUCGCCAGAUACAAGAGAUUUGACAAACUCAAAUAGCAAAAGUGAAAUAUCAUACACAUCAUUAUCUGAUGGAAAAUAUUUCCAGCUCAAAUGUUAUUAG